AAUACUUUGCGAACCAUGGAGGGGAGAUUUCUUGCCUUAAACAAGGCUGAUGCAAGUGGAAUACGUCGAUGGAGCGAGAUAUAUAGGGAGGAUCUGUCUACUUGUAUAUCCCAGUGCGGUCAAGGCAGUCGUUACUGCUUUAGCUGGAAGGCAACUUUGUGUCAAGGUCACAUUACAAGCUGCAAGAUGUUAGGGACGAGAGCGUAUUUUGCGGUUUCGAGGCAUUUCACCACUUCACAGAAUUUUAAGAGUAAACUGAAAGUAGCUGUAAUAGGACAAAGCACAUUUGCAGCUGAAGUGUAUAAACUCUUGAGAAACGAUGGUCAUAAAGUUGUUGGAGUUUUCACAGUUCCAGACAGAGAGACUCGAGAGGAUCCGUUGGCUUCAACAGCUGCAACUGACAAUGUACCUGUGUUCAAGGUGAAGGCAUGGAGGAAACAAGGAAAGCCAUUGGCAGAAGUUGUCAGUAAAUACAAGUCUCUUAGUGCCGAAUUAAAUGUUCUACCAUUUUGCUCUCAGUUUAUUCCUAUGGAUGUCAUCAACUACCCUAGGUUGAAAAGCAUAUGUUAUCACCCUUCACUCCUCCCCAAGCAUAGGGGUGUCAGUGCUAUAAAUUGGACACUCAUCUCAGGUGACAGUGAGGCAGGCUUCUCGAUUUUCUGGGCUGAUGACGGUCUGGACACAGGUCCAGUUCUUCUGCAGCGAUCAUGCAAAGUGGAACCAAAUGAUACUGUUGAUUCUCUGUACAAUCGCUUCCUUUAUCCAGAAGGGAUCAAGGCUAUGGCUAAAGCUGUGAACAUGGUGGCAGAUGGAACUGCUCCUAAAGUACCACAGUCAGAGGAGGGAGCAUCAUACGAGCCUUCCCUCAGUAAAGAACAACUGCAAAUGGUCAACUGGGAUCGGCCAGCAUCAGUUGUCCAUAAUUUCAUUCGUGGAUUGGAUAGUGUUCCAGGAGCUUGGACUCUGUUGAAUAAUGAAAAAGUGAAACUGUUUGGUUCACAACUGUGGAAUAAACCUAAACCGGAUGGAAAUGUGGUUGAAAUAAAAGGGCUUGCCGAUAAAGGGAUCGUACAUCCAGAGGGUUUGCUAAUACCUUGCAAGGAUGGCUCAAUGGUCAAUAUCCAGAGAAUUGUAGUGGGAGGGCGCAUGAUAUCUGCUGCAAAAUAUGGCAGAGAGGAGAAGGACCGAGAGUCAGUACAGCUGACAGAUGAUGAGAAAGAGAUGAUUAUUGCAUUGAAAUUCAUUUGGGAAGGAAUUCUAAACAUUGGAGUAGAGCAAAGUACAGAUUUCUUUGCUACUGGAGCUGGUUCAAUGGAUGUUGUUCGGUUAAUUGAAGAAAUCAAAGACAAACUAAAAAUUACGCUUCAGAACGAAGAUUUAUUCAUGGCUACAACGUUCAAAGAAUUCAGUGAAACCUUUGUUCUGAAGGCGAGGGGUGAUGUCGGCAGAAGAGAAGUUCAACAUUCCUGCAUUAAAUUGCAUGUCAACAACAUAGACGUUUCAUUUCCCCAUCAGCUGUUUAUCAACGGAGAAUUUGUAGACUCUGAAUCGGGAGCUGUACUGGAAAGCGUGAAUCCAAGUGAUGAAUCAGUUAUUUGCCAGGUACAACGCGCCUCAGCAGCCGAUGUUCAUGUGGCUGUUCAAGCGGCCAAGGUGGCAUUUGAAAGUGGAGAGUGGAGUAAAAUUAAUGCUCGAGACAGAGGACUGCUGAUGUACCGACUGGCAGAUUUGAUGGAGCAACACAAGGAAGAAUUGGCAACAAUUGAAUCACUUGAUUCUGGUGCUGUCUACACUUUGGCACUGAAAACUCAUGUUGGCAUGUCAAUAGAAACAUGGCGGUACUUUGCUGGUUGGUGUGAUAAGAUUCAUGGCUCCACCAUUCCUAUCAGUCAUGCAAGACCAAAUAGAAAUCUCACAAUCACUAAAAAGGAGCCAAUUGGUGUGUGUGGUCUGGUGACUCCAUGGAAUUAUCCUUUGAUGAUGUUGUCUUGGAAGAUGGCAGCUUGUCUAGCUGCUGGUAACACAGUUGUUAUGAAACCAGCCCAAGUUUCUCCACUAUCAGCCCUUAAAUUUGCUGAACUCUCUGUAAGAGCAGGAUUUCCACCUGGUGUAAUCAAUAUCUUGCCAGGAACAGGUGCAGAAGCUGGCAAUGCCAUAGCAAGUCAUCCUGAUGUUCGAAAACUUGGGUUCACUGGUAGCACUGGUGUGGGACAAGUGAUUAUGAGGAACUGUGCAGACUCAAAUCUGAAGAGAGUAUCCCUGGAACUAGGCGGGAAGUCCCCACUCAUAAUAUUUGAUGACUGUGAUCUGGAUAGAGCAGUUAGAAUGGGCAAGAGUGGUGUGUUCUUCAACAAAGGAGAGAACUGCAUCGCGGCUGGUCGACUCUUUGUGGAAUCCUCCAUCCAUGAUGAAUUUGUGAAACGAGUGCUACAAGGAACAAAGAAACUGGUCAUUGGAGACCCAUUCAAACGAAAUACGCAACAUGGCCCACAGAAUCACAAAGCACACUUGGAUAAGUUAGUGGAAUUCUGUGCUGUCGGAGUAAAGGAAGGCGCAAAACUAGAGUGCGGGGGGAAACGUGUCAACAGAACAGGCUACUUCUUUGAACCCACUGUGUUCACAAAUGUGGAGGACCACAUGUAUAUUGCUCGUGAAGAGUCAUUUGGACCAGUUAUGGUUAUAUCAAAGUUUGCUAGUGGAGACGUAGAUGCAGUCAUCAAGCGAGCUAACAAUACAGAGUUUGGGCUUGCAUCAGGAGUCUUCACAAAGGAUAUCAGUCGAGCUCUGUAUGUUGCAGAGAAAAUUGAUGCAGGGACAGUAUUUGUGAACACGUACAAUAAAACAGAUGUUGCCGCUCCGUUCGGAGGAUUCAAACAGUCCGGCUUUGGAAAAGAUUUGGGUGAAGAAGCUUUAAAUGAAUACUUGAAGACUAAAUGUAUUACCCUUGAAUAUUAGGACAUAUUCACUACAAUUAAACGAAGGAAGUGAAUGAAUAAAAAUAUUGUCCUGAGAA